UUCCACAAUGGGAGUCUUUUUCCCCAAACAGGUACGUAUUGGCGAUAGUGAGAAGGGGGUAUUCCCUAGAGUUCUCAUGCCUUCCGCCACAGAGGUACCUGGUCACUCAGCUUCCCAGAGCCAAGGAAAAGGCAGAAGCUCUAGUGGGGGCCUUGAGGGAUCUGGAGGUCCAAAAUGUUGUUUGCAGAGUCCCAAAAGGAGAGGAGAAAAGAGGGUUUUACUCCCACGUUUUCGUGGUAAAGAAACCCUCUGGCAAGUACAGGUUAAUCCUAAACCUGAAACCGCUGAACAAGUCAGUAACAUACAAAAGAUUCCGUAUGGAGUCAAUUUUCACGGUAAGGGCCCUCCUACCACAGAAUUGCUUUAUGGUCUCCCUGGACCUCAGGGACGCGUACCUGCACGUACCCAUUGCAGAGGGGUCUCAGGAGUUUCUACGGCUAGCGAUAGACUUAGGAACUUCGGUGGUGCACCUACAGUUCCAGGCCUUGCCAUUCGGUCUAUCCUCCUCACCCCGCGUGUUCACAAAGGUCCUGGCGGAACCAAUAGCUUUUCUGCGUCUUCAGGGAGUGGGUAUAAUAGCGUACCUGGACGACCUGCUUCUUUUUGCAGCCUCUCCGGAACAAGUCUCCAGGGACCUGGAACUAACCAAAAAGACCCUUAUGGACCUAGGUUGGCUAUUAAACCUGGAAAAAUCCAGUCUAAUACCAUCGCAGCGCAUUCCUUAUUUAGGGUACACCCUGGACUCCACCCUGCUAAGGGUCUUCCUUCCAUUAGAGAAGGCUCUAAAAUUAGAAAAGUCAGUAUCUGCCCUCCAGGGCAGCCAUCAGGUUUCAAUCAGAUUCCUGAUGUCAACACUAGGACUGUUAACUUCCACUCUACCGGCAGUCCAGUGGGCAGGGAUUCACUUUCGGGCCCUGCAGGCCUUUGUACUCAGAAUCUGGGACCACAGCUCAGAACACCUAGACGUUCUGGUACAGGUCCCAAGUCAGGUAAAGAGAUCCCUCUGGUGGUGGAGAAAGAUCACCAAUCUGUCACAGGGUCGUCUAUGGCAUAUCCGGUCUCCAUUGAUCGUCACCACAGACGCCAGCGGCAGAGGUUGGGGGGCUCACCUGGGGGUACUUCCAGCACAGGGUGUUUGGGAAGUGGCAGAGCUGAAACAUUCCUCCAACUGGAAGGAGCUGAGGGCGAUCGGUUUAGCUCUCAUCUUCUUUCAGGAGAGACUUCGAGGACACCACGUCCAAGUGAGGUCAGACAAUGCGUCGGCCGUGGCCUAUGUAAACAAGCAGGGUGGCACCAGGUGUGUAACCCUGUCGGCCAUAACAACAAGAAUCUUUCGCUGGGCCGAAACAAACACCCUGUCCUUAUCAGCAGUUUUUCUAAAGGGGAUAGAAAACAGUACAGCGGAUUUCCUCAGUCGAAGUCAACUGAGGGAAGACGAGUGGUCCCUCAAUCAGGAGGUCUUCCAUCUUUUGGUCAAGAGAUGGGGGUCUCCGGAGAUAGAUCUCUUCGCUUCCAGGGAGAACACAAAAACACAUUGGUUUUUCUCUCGGGGCAGGGGAGAGGGAGCAAGAGGGAUAGAUGCCCUAUCCCAGAGCUGGCACUUCGGGAUUUGUUACGCCUUCCCACCCCCAGCUCUUCUGCCACUGGUCCUGAGAAAAUUUCAGCUGGAGAACACCUCACUUAUCCUUGUGGCACCCCACUGGCCCAAGAGGGCUUGGUUUUCGGUUCUCAAGCAACUGACCACAGAACCCCCUCUUUUUCUUCCUCUUCGAGAGGAUCUCCUCUCGCAGGGUCCAGUACUGUGCCCUCAGGUACACAGAUGGAACCUCGCGGCGUGGUUACUGAGGAGUCCUUGCUGAGGUCCAAAGGUUUUUCGGACAAACUGACUGCCACCCUUCUUGACAGUAGGAAGAAGGAGACACGUUCUAUUUAUAGAAAAGUUUGGAUUCGUUUUAAUACUUGGUGCCAGGAAUUUUCCUUUCCAACACAAAGCCACAAGUCCGUUCUGGAAUUUCUCCAGUGCGGAGCGGAUAAAGGCUUGUCAGUGAGUACCCUUAAAGGCCAGGUCUCAGCACUCAGUGUGUUUCUAGAGAGCCCUCUAGCAUCCAAUCCCUGGGUCAUCAGGUUCUUUAGGGCUUUGUCCAGACAGAAACCUUCCCAGGGACCUUCCUUCCCCAAGUGGGAUCUAUCAUUAGUUUUACAGGUGCUAACAGGGUUGCCCUUUGAACCCUUAGACAAGUGUUCUUUAAAGGAUCUAACAUUUAAAACAGUCUUUUUAGUUGCAGUGACUACUGCCAGGAGGGUCAGUGAAUUGGAAGCCCUGUCCAUUCGUCCUCCUUUUUGUGUAAUUUUCCCGGAUCGAGUUGUUUUUAAAACCGAUCCGGCCUUCCUUCCGAAAGUGGCUUCCAAGUUCCAUAGAAGCCAGGAGGUGGUAUUACCCUCAUUUUGUUCCAAUCCCUCUGGUGAAAGGGAAUUUAAGUUCAGUACACUAGAUGUUAGGAGAUGUAUCCUACAGUACUUGGAGCUGACUCGAGCUUUUAGGAAGUCAGACUCUUUGUUCGUUUUGUUUUCUGGGACCAGAAAGGGACAGAAAGCGUCUCGGCGCACUAUUGCUAGGUGGCUCAGACUAGUUAUUGGGCAGGCUUACUCCUUAUCUGGUAGGGAAGUCCCUACAGGAAUUAAGGCACACUCUACUCGGGCGGUGGCUACUUCUCAGGCUGAAAGGGCUGGAGCGACGCCAGAUCAAAUAUGCAAAGCCGCAACUUGGUCCAGCUACGCCACUUUCAUCAAGCAUUACAGAGUAGAUCUGGUGUCAGCAGGUGAACAAGCCUUUGGGAGAAAAGUCUUGCAAGCCGUGGUCCCACCCUAAAUUCGGACCGGAGUGCUCGUAUAAAAACUGAGGUCUAGCAGGG